UCCACUCCGUGGUUGCUAACAGGUCUAAUUAAACCCAACACUUGGCGUAAAAACCUAAAUCUUAAAGAAACCUAAAACAUCGUUUGUAACAGGGAGCAACACAGGAGAAUAUCGCGAUUCAAGUCAGGGAGCUGAAGCAUCUGGAGAGAAGAAUCAUCAGUUGAACAAACCCUAAAACUGCAAGAAUGUUUCUGGGAGCAAUUCCUCGCAGGCCAGACAAAGCCACCGCAUACAAAGAAUUGAAGAAGCACCUGACCAUGCUGGGAGUAUGGGUUGCUAUCAUUCGCGCUACGCCCUACGUUGCCCAUUUUCUCUCAAAGGACAAAGACAAUGAGCUCAAGCUUGAAUUCUGAAGACAUGCUAAAGUCCCUCUUUAUUUUUACAGGUUAAAGAAUUAGGACCUCUCGAUAUGUUUAAAAUGAGAAGCAUUUUAUUUUAGGUCUUUUUUCAGGUCACUGCAUUUUUGUAUAAUUUUUUCAUGGGUUUUAAGCUGCGCUAAGAAAUAAAACUUCUGGGUUUUGAGAA